CUCGGCGUCCGCCCCCGACGCCUACCGCCCGGGCGCCGGCUCCCCGUAUAUAAAUCGGCCAUUUGCUUCGCUCCGCCCCGCAGCCUCGGAGUCCAAGCCGGUUCCUUACCGUUCCCGCAGUCGCCCGCCUCUUCUUUCCUUCCAACAUGACAGAUGCUGCCGUGUCCUUCGCCAAGGACUUCCUGGCAGGUGGAGUAGCCGCGGCCAUCUCCAAGACUGCCGUAGCGCCCAUCGAGCGGGUCAAGCUGCUGCUGCAGGUGCAGCAUGCCAGCAAGCAAAUCACUGCAGAUAAGCAAUACAAGGGCAUCAUAGACUGCGUGGUUCGUAUCCCCAAGGAGCAGGGAGUCCUGUCCUUCUGGCGUGGUAACCUGGCCAAUGUCAUCAGAUACUUCCCCACGCAGGCUCUCAACUUUGCGUUCAAAGAUAAAUACAAGCAGAUCUUCCUGGGCGGUGUGGACAAGAGGACCCAGUUUUGGCGCUACUUUGCAGGGAAUCUGGCCUCAGGUGGUGCUGCUGGGGCCACAUCCUUGUGUUUUGUGUACCCUCUCGACUUUGCCCGUACUCGUCUAGCCGCUGAUGUGGGCAAAGCUGGAGCUGAAAGGGAAUUCAGAGGCCUCGGCGACUGCCUGGUUAAGAUCUACAAAUCUGACGGGAUUAGGGGCCUGUACCAAGGCUUUAACGUGUCUGUGCAGGGUAUUAUCAUCUACCGAGCUGCCUACUUCGGUAUCUAUGACACCGCAAAGGGAAUGCUUCCAGAUCCCAAGAAUACUCAUAUCUUCAUCAGCUGGAUGAUCGCUCAGUCCGUCACCGCAGUUGCUGGGUUGACUUCCUAUCCGUUUGACACUGUACGUCGACGCAUGAUGAUGCAGUCAGGACGCAAAGGAACUGAUAUCAUGUACACAGGCACGCUUGACUGCUGGAGGAAGAUUGCUCGUGACGAAGGAGCCAAAGCCUUUUUCAAGGGCGCCUGGUCCAAUGUCCUCAGAGGCAUGGGUGGUGCUUUUGUGCUUGUCUUGUAUGAUGAAAUCAAGAAGUUCACAUAAGUUAUUUCCUAGUUUUUCUCCCUCAGUGAACAGGCAUGUUGUAUUAUAUAACAUAUCUUGAGCAUUCCUGGCAGACUGUUGGCUGUCUAUUUAUCAAUGGCAACUAUGUACUGGUUGAAAAUGGGAAGCAAUAAUACUCACGUGACCAGUUUUCUCUUAAAGCCAUUUCCAUGAUAAUGAUGGGACCCAAUUAUAUUUUUUAUUUCAGUCACUCCUGAUAAAUGACAAAUUUGAAGAAAUAAAAAAUAUCUGAGAUAUAA